UCCAUCAGUCUGAACACGAUCGCGAACCAGAGACAAACAAAAACCUCUAGCAAACAUGUCUCUCUGCCCUUACUUCUUCGACUACUCAGUGCCACAAUGGCCUCGUCGGCUCCUCGACCAAAACUUCGGGCUCGCUUACCCUGAAGACCUAUUAGGCGCAGCAACCAGCCCCCUAGUCUCCCGACUCAAACCCUGGUGGCCUCAAGACGGAUCCACCAUCAAAGUCGACAAGGACAAAUGGCAGGUCAACGUGGACGUCCAGCACUUUUCACCAGACGAGAUCACAGUGAAAACUUCUAACGGAUACAUAGUUGUCGAAGGCAAGCACGAAGAAAAGAAGGAUGAACACGGUUUUAUAUCCAGACAGUUCUCGAGAAGGUUCAAGCUUCCGGAGGGGUCGAAUCCUGAUGCUGUGCAGUCCAGGUUGUCGUCGGAUGGUGUGUUGACUGUGGUGGCUCCUUUGAAGGCUGAGGAGGCGAAAGGAGAACGCUCAGUGCCGAUCACACACACGGGGCCGGUGAGAAGUGUGAGUGUCGCCGAGGAGCCUCCUAAGGAAGCGUAGUGUUAAAAGAUUGAUUGUUAAGUGAGACUGAUUUUAUACAUUUAUUAAAUUUUCUCUUUCGUU